AUGGUUGAGGUUGAUACUCGAAUAUUGCAGCUGCAACAACCAUUCUCGGAAAAGUACCGAAACAUCUGCAACCUCCUUCUCAGUGUAACCCACUCACGGUCACUUCCCAAAGGGAUUCAGCUGCAUGCCCACAUCAUCAAAUCGGGUCUUGAAGCCAUUCCUCUGGUCUCACAUCACCUCAUCAAUUUGUAUUCUAAAACUCAACUUCCCUAUUCCUCUCGCCAAGUGUUCGACGAAUUGCCUCAAAGGUCUUCCACUAGUUGGAGCUCCCUAAUCUCUUCUUUCGCCCAAAAUGACCUCCCUUUCCUAGCUCUCCACUUCUUCCGCCGCAUGCUCCGUCAUGGGGUUCGCCCCGAUGACCAUACAUUCCCCAGUGCCACCAAGUCCUGCGCCAUUCUCUCAAUAGUCGAUGUUGGCCAGUCCCUGCACUGUUUCGUGCUCAAAACUCGGUAUGAUUUCGACGUGUUUGUUGGGAGCUCCAUUGUUGACAUGUAUGCGAAAUGUGGAGAAAUUGGGUAUGCUCGGAAAGUGUUUGAUGACAUGCCUGACAAGAAUGUGGUUUCUUGGAGUGGGAUGAUAUAUGGUUACGCUCAAAUGGGUGAGGAUGAGGAGGCUCUAAGGCUGUUUAAGCAGGCGCUGGUUGAAGAUGUGGGUGUUAAUGAUUUUACUUUGUCUAGUGUUUUAAGGGUUUGCAGCGCUUCCACGCUGCUUGAGUUGGGGAAGCAGGUGCAUGGAUUGUGCUUUAAGACAAGCUUUGAUGCAUCGUGCUUCGUGGGUAGUUCUUUGAUCUCCUUGUAUUCUAAGUGCGGGGUUGUUGAAGGAGCUUACGAGAUUUUUGAGGAGAUUAAGGUUAGGAACCUUGGCAUGUGGAAUGCAAUGAUGAUUGCAUGUGCUCAGCAUGCGCACACGAGUAAAACCUUUGAGCUGUUCUUGCAGAUGCAAAGUGUUGGGAUGAAGCCUAAUUUCAUCACCUUUCUGUGCGUGCUUUAUGCUUGCAGCCAUGCAGGGUUGGUAGAGAGGGGACAACAUUACUUUGAGCUGAUGAAAGAGUAUGGUAUUGAACCAGGGUCACAACAUUAUGCCACCAUGGUGGAUUUGCUUGGUCGUGCUGGAAAAUUGCAGGAUGCAGUUAAGAUGAUUAGAGAAAUGCCUGUGGAACCGACGGAAUCUGUUUGGGGAGCUUUAUUGACAGGGUGUAGAAUACAUGGGAAUACUGAAUUGGCAUCCUAUGUGGCUGAUAGAGUUUUUGAGUUGGGUCCUGUAAGCUCUGGCCUUCAUGUCCUACUGUCUAAUGCUUAUGCUGCUGCUGGAAGAUGGGAGGAAGCAGCAAAAGCAAGAAAGAUGCUGAGGGACCAAGGAAUAAAGAAGGAAACUGGUUUGAGUUGGGUGGAGGAGGGAAAUAGAGUUCACACAUUUGCUGCUGGGGAUAUGUCACAUGGGAAAACAGUGGAAAUUUAUAAGAAGCUAGAGGAGUUAGGAGAAGAAAUGGCAAAAGCUGGUUAUGUUGCAGACACGUCUUUUGUGUUAAAAGAAGUGGAUGGCGAUGAGAAGAGUCAAACUAUUAGGUAUCAUAGUGAAAGGUUAGCCAUAGCAUUUGGCCUUAUUACUUUCCCUCAGGAACGACCAAUCAGAGUAAUGAAGAAUUUGCGUGUUUGUGGUGAUUGCCACACUGCGAUCAAGUUUAUUAGCAAAUGUACUGGAAGGGUAAUCAUUGUGAGGGACAAUAACCGGUUCCACAGAUUUGAGGAUGGAAAAUGCACUUGUGGAGAUUAUUGGUGAUCCUAAGGUGCUGAGUAACAUUAGAGUCACUGAUACCAAAUUUUUAUGGGAGCAGAACUGGAACAAAAAAUAGCAUCAGCUCAUGACUAUUACUUCAUUCAUGAGCCAUCUUGUUUUUAUUAUCUCACCACAUACAAAAUCGUGGUAAUUUUGAAACUUUUUGCCAUUCAUUUAUUUUUUGCUGUUGCUGCUAAAUGUU